UAAAAAAUCAGUUUACUUCGGCGCAGCAACUGGCGCAGUUCGCAUGUUCAGGAUAAUGGAAACCGCACGCCUCAUCCUGAUUCUUUCGCUUUCGAUAUCCACAUCCUUGGCCAAGGAUCCGCAGAGGUCCUCCGAUCAAAAUGUGGGCAUUCCGUGCAGUGCGCACCGCAUUUGGGUUUGGAGACCCAUUCUCGAUCGUUUCGCCAAGGUGAACUCCAGCGAGGAGCUGAAGAACCAGGUCCAGGGCAUGUCGGAAACCAUCAAGGAGCUGCAGACGCGCAUCGGCCACAAGGACGAGCUGCUCCUGCUGCAAGCCGGCCAGAUCAAGGACCAAAGUGCCAGGCUCAACGUUUUGGCCAAGAACAUGAAAGUCCUUCGUAGUGAGUGGCUGUCUGCCCAGGACGAGAUCAAAAACAAGGACAUACAAAUACAAUUGGGCGCGGCAAAGAUCAAGCACUUGAGCGACGAACUCUUGUCGCAGUGCAGCCGCCAGGACACGUGUCCCACCGACGGCAAAGGUGGCAUCUAUAAGCUGAAGAUCCGUGGAUUGGCAGCAUUCGAGGCUCCCUGCAGUUCCAAUGGCUGGCUGACCAUACAGAAACGCUACGAUGGCUCCGAGAACUUCGAUCGCGGUUGGAAGGACUACAAGGAUGGAUUCGGGCGCGUGAGAGGAGAGUUUUUCAUCGGCCUGGAGAAAGUGCAUCACAUGACGCGCCAACGAAGCCACGAACUGUACAUUAAGCUGGGCAAGAUUGACGGCACCACCAGCCACGCCCACUACGACGACUUCGAACUCGGCGGCGAGAGUGAGUCCUAUGAGCUGAAGUCGCUGGGCCGCUACAACGGCACAGCCGGCGAUUCUCUGCGGCCACAUGAGCGCAAAAAGUUCACCACCAACGACAGGGACAACGAUGCCUAUCGGUUCAACUGUGCCGCCGACGAAUAUGGUGGCUGGUGGUACUACGACUGCGCCAAGAGCAUGCUCAAUGGUAAGUUCUACAAGGAGGGCCGCUCGCGGAAUGGAAAAACCAAUGGCAUCAUGUGGGGCUCCUGGCACAACAACGAUUGGACCUACUCGCUCACCUUCGUGGAGAUGAUGAUAAGACCGCGAAUAAAUUAGAAAUAAUAAUAAUAAGAAGAAAA